AUGGUCCUGGACGAGCAUGUUGUGGACGCCGCGACGUUCGGUGACGUCAACCUGGUGUCGGCCUGGCUCCACAGCUUGGAGCGUCCAGGAGACAUAAACGAGGUCGACGCCGACGGAACGACGGUCCUUAAUCUGUGUGCAAGAGGUUUUGACAAUCAUUAUCUUGACGACGACAACGAGGCGGUGGAGAACGAGGUCGCCAUCGUAAAAAUGAUUCUAGCGAAAGGAGGAGCAAACGUGAACCUCGCGGAUAAAUACGGCUGGACACCGCUACAUCAUGCUUGCGAUUCGAACCCCCUAUUUGGCUUGGCUGUGAUUCGUGCAUUACUCGCGGCGGGCGCCGACAUCAACGCGAAGACAUCAGGGGUUCGGAAAGAAGACUCCUUCGGGGUAGUCGCGGCCGUCCAGACGCCGCUCGCUACUGCUAUUGACUGGUUUCGGUGCGCCGCUGACGACACGGCCCCGGCUGGCUUCGAUGCGGAAUGCACGCGCACUGCGCUGGAAUAUGUCGCUCUACUUCUACGUCACGGCGCGUCACUUGAUGACUGCUGGGCCGGCGCGCCGGUGGAGAAUUUGCUGCGCCACGUCGAGGACCGGACGACGCCGGCCAUGGAGAUGUGGUUCGGUAAUGAUAAGUGGGCUGCCAGCACCCCGCAGGACUUGUCCCAAAACGAACAUUUCCUCGCGUGUAAGGCUCUUGUUAAGAAGGCGCGCAGCGAACCGCGCAAGACGGUCCUCACGCUCCGGGCCCUCGCGAUCAAAGGCCGGGCCAAGACGACCGACCCUGUUAUGAAAUUUCUCGUCGGCAUUCCCGACGGCGUUACCGGAAACGUCCUCUCAUUCUGGCCCCCGGCAACGCGAUAUAUCGCGGCGCGACGGCCGGGCACGAGCCAGCUGCCGUAUCGGCCGAAGCGCGAAGUUGAGGUGGUGAAGGCCCCAACGUGUUACGUCUGCGGCCGUAGCAAUCGUCCCAAUGGUUGUCCGGGCUGCUUUGGUGCCAGGCCUGGGUUCGACAGGCACACGGAGAAUGUCCACCACGCCAUCAGUAUGAGCCCGGCCUACAGCGGCAAGUCGUUCGAGGAGCUGCGGCUCGAGGACUACGAGCUGGGGCGGGACGCCGGGAAGUGGUGGAUCGGGGGGACGUUGCAGAUCAACAACGAUAGGGAUAUGGCCGCCGCGCUAGACGCGCUCCAGCUCGGUCUCCCAUCCGACAGCAACUUGAUCUGUCGAUUCGAAGAGCCCACAUACGGCUCCCCCAGACUAGACAAUGAAGGAAACAUAAUCACGUAGUAACACUUAAGAACUUAUGGUCAAUAUCACGAAA